AUGUCUAUUGACCAAAAGUUCAAUAUCCAUAUUCCCGAUGUUAUUGCUCACAGAGGGUUUUCAGCCGAAAACCCCGAGAACACAUUGAUAUCCUUUGAAAAUGCCAUUAAAGCAGGCACGACUGCAUUAGAAGGAGAUAUUAGAUUAAGUAAAGACAAUGAGAUUGUCAUGAUGCAUGAUACAACGCUCAAUAGAACCACGACCGGUCUUGGUCAAGUGCGUGAGCAUGAUUGGUAUGGUGAUAUAGAUCAAUUGCUUACAAAAGCAGAGCCACGACAGCCUAUACCUAGAUUGAAUGAUGUCCUUGAUUUGAUAACACAGUCCCAUGUCAAGAAGGACCUCUAUAUGAUCAUUGAUAUCAAGUAUGAUAAUCCCAUUGAGAUAUUAGAUGUAUUACAAAAGCUACUUGGUUCGUACACACAUAAUCACCCUGACCUUAGUGAUCGUCUGAUCAUUGGUAUCUGGAACGUCGAAUUCAUGAAAAAAGCCAAGGAACUGUUCCCUCAUCACAAGUUAUGUUUCAUUGGCAUUUCACUCCCUGCUGCGCGCACCCACUUUCUCGAUACGGUCGAUUGCCUUAGUUUACCCUUUGCCGCAUUAGCUGACCAAGAUGGCCAAUCGUUUAUCAAGGAGGCCCACAUGAAAAAUAAGAAGGUGUUUACUUGGACAAUCAAUGACCCGCUCCAGAUGAAAACCUGUGUCCUUUGGCAAGUGGACGGCGUGAUUGGUGACAGCGUAUCCAAUUUGUUAAAAUAUGUUCAAGAACAGCCCAAGUCACUGAACAAUCCAGAAGAAUAUCAGUCAUUUGUUGAUUCGGACACUUAUCUUCAGUCAAAACGCACUAGGAUCUACUUGUAUUUAUUGAAAAAGGCCAUGUUUAUAGCCAGUUGGAAAUUCAUCGGUCUUUAA